AUGUUCGUGCAAGCUCCUGCUUUGUUGGUUCAACAGAAGUCGGAGAAUUCUGAGGAAGGCAGCGACGAAGAAGGGACCGGUGAUGUCCUCCAGAAACGCCGAGAAGAAUGCGAGAGAAAGGCAAGACGAGGGGAGAUGGAUCCCCGUCUAGAAUUCGCUUUCCAACUCUUGAUGGAUGCUACACAAUUGUCCCGCCACGAGGUCAUGGAUCACGUUUUCGAGGGAGACAUGCUGGACGAAAUCAAUCAACUGUUUUUGCCCCAUAUGAAGUCCACCCUCGUCUGGUAUUAUCAAGAAGUGGAGGAAUCUGAAACUCUACGUCCUAUAGAAACGAUUCAAGCAAAAACUUCGACCACUCGACCAAGUCCAAGCACAUCGGUACCGAAAGUUAAAGAACAAAAAGAAAUAAAAGAAUCAGGGAAAAAGAAAUUGUUUCUUACCGAUGGAUGGCAAGUACCUUGUACUGGAAUAUGCGUUUACAUAUUCAGAUUAAAUAUCUCGAAACAAUUACCCGAGGAAGGUUUCCAAAAAGAUCUUUACACCGGUGUGAUAGACACAAAAAAAGUGGGGAUAAUAACCGCGAUACAGAGGAUAGUAGAGUACGUUUUCAUGGAUGCGCUUGCACAUCCUGGCUCUGAAGGAGAGGACGAUUGCCCGAUGAUUAAGAGCCUUUUAUUACCGGGUUUGAGAUCUUUCUGCAGUGCUCUGAAAGUGUGUGAACAGGUAGCUCACGAAGGGCGCGUAUUCGACGACGAUGAAGCUCUAAUGGUGCAAGUGCGCAACUUUGAGGAAGCAAAAGCAUUUAUAGCGAAAAAAGACGCUGUGAAUAUCGUAGAGGAAAGGGUAAGAACGUGGAUCAAGAGAUUGAAAGACUUCAUGGUAGAAAGCAAGCAGGUGAAACGAGAGAAUGAUAAUUCUGGUCCUCAGCAAGAAUUGGAAUAUUGGAAACGAAGGGGAGCACAGUUCAGUCAGUUAGUCAACAAACUUCAGGAUCACGAAAUACGAAUGUCGCUUCUUUGUUUGCAAGUUGCGCGUUCCAAGUUGAUAAAAGAUUGGGUCGAUGUAGAGGAUGAUGUCACUUAUUGUUAUAACGAAGCGAAGGAUAAUGCAAAAUUUAUACAAGCGUUGGAAAAAUGCUGUCACUGCUUGUAUUUGGACGAUCCAGUGAAGAUGAGAGAUUCCCUCGUAUCGCUAUUACAAACAGUUCGUUUAAUAUACAGCGUGUCGAGGUAUUACAACACAUCGGAACGAACUAGUUCGUUAAUGAUAAAGAUCACGAAUCAAAUGAUCGUGGCUUGUCGAGAUUACGUCACAAAUAGAGGUCGAGAAACUGUCUGGGGUCAAGAUCGAGCAGUUGCGCGAUCGAGGCUGAAGCAUUGCUUAAAACUGAACAAAGCUUACAGAGAAACUUAUAGACUGGUUCGGUGUUCUCCUGCUGUAACCGAACAAGAAUUCUCGUUUUCAGAAACUCACGUAUUUGGACGAUUCGAUUCCUUUUGCGAUAGAGUAAGAAAAAUUUUGACUAUGUUCGAAUUGAUACAAGAUUACAAAAGUCUCUUCGAAAGAAGGAUGGAGGGUCUUUUAUUGGGAGAAUCAUUGGACGAUGCCAUAAGAACGUUCGAAGAGGCUGAGAAAGUUGCUACCGCUAAAGGUUACGAUUAUCUAGAUCCAAGGAAUACCGAAUUUGAUACGGACUACAAUGAUUUCAUGACAAAAACUGAUACCCUGAAACAAAACAUCGGUAACAUCAUUGAGAAAAAUUAUGCGGACGUUUGGGAAACUCUUCAGGGUAUACGAUUUUUAACUCGAUUCGAAAAAGUCAGUGAGAAGAUACCACUAACGAAACUAGAUGAAAAGUACAACAUAGUAGUAAAAUAUUGCGACAAAGAAGUGGACAGAAUACUAAAGUUAUUCAAAAAACAGAGGGAUGAUCCACCAUUACCGAGACAUAUGCCAGCUAUCGCUGGAAGAUUAACUUGGGCAAAUUCAUUGAAAGUACACUUAGAUGAAUUGGCUACAUCAGUUUCCAAUCAUCCAGUGCUAAAGACUCUUCCGCUUACUAUGGAACUAGAAAAACGAUAUAAUUACGCCCUCGGCGUUUUGAACCAAUACAAAUCAGACAUCGCUGAAGUCUGGACUCAUCAAAACUCUUGGGUCAUUGAAGACUGUCUAAAACGACCUUUGCUGGCGGUGGACGAAAAAACAGGAAAGAUUAAAGUCAACUUAGAAGGACGCGUCACUCUCCUGCUCCGAGAAGCUGAUUGUUUGGCCAAAUUGAAUCUGGAAAUUCCUAUCGUCGCAUUGACUAUUUUGGCAAAGAAAGAUUAUUUCACAUUGGUCACAGACUCUCUUCAAUUGAUGAUCGAAGAGUUCGUCUUUACGGCCAGACGUGUGAAACUUGAAGUGAGGCCAUUGUUACUACCGCAUUUGGUGCGAGUUGCAUCUUUGCUGGAACCUGGUUUGACUUCUCUGAAUUGGACCAAUCCAGAAUGGAAAAACUUCUAUCAGAACACAAAACAGCAGAUCAAGGAAUUUGAUAUCCUUAUUACAAGGGUUCACGAUGUGUACGACAAUAGGAUUUUACAGGUGCUGGCAGCUAUGCAAAAGAUAACGUUACAUUCUAUGCCAGAAUCUGAUCAGCCUUGGACUAUAGAGGAAUUUGUAGAGAAGACCGAAGAAGUAUGCAGACUGGCAGCGGUGGAUUUAUAUCGUAAAAGUAUGAUGGUGGAAGAGGCUGUGGAAGAAGUACUAGAUCUUGUUAAGAACGCGGCAGAGAAUUUCAAAGCCGCUGCUAAUUCCAGUCAAUUCGAGUUUUUUAAUAGCGAAGAAAAAGAAGAGGUAGUGGACCAAACGGUCCAACAAGAUUGGUCCUUAGUUUGGAAUUUAUUCGACGAUCCUCAUCAGCUAUUGGUUACUCCUGGUAGCUUACCGAAAGGAAUGCAAGACAUGGUUCGAAAUGCCGUGUCCGAAAUGAGAAGAUAUUACUCUAGAAAAGUCGUCGAUGUUCUGAUAAGAGUCACUAGAAGCUCCUUGGACAUUAUUAGAAAGCGAUUUAUUCGGGAAAUCGAUCCAGAGGACGCACCGAGUCCAAUAUUUCUGCUUCAUGCAACAUUAAUGAUACCGAUGGUGACCGUGAAACCUAGUUUAGACGACGUACAGGAAGUCCUAAUUUUAGUUGGUAAAACCAUCGCUGGCGUUGCGAGAGGAGUGUCGCAAUGGAAUUCUAGAAUAAAUAAGGAUACAUGGGGUCAAGCCUACCCCAAAAGGAAUUUCGCAGAUAUCGUCAUGCGCGCUCAGAUGCAAGCAGCGAAGAGGAAACAAGAAGAGCCAGAAGAUGCAAGAGUCAGAAGACGAAGGCUCUUCAAAAUUAUCUCUGAGGAGAGAUCGAUUUUCCCUGUUCAGGAGCAGAAUUUUCACGCAAUGGUGAUGGAUAACAAAGAAGUGAUAAAACUAUUAUCCAUGAUAAACACGUGCAUGCAAGAAUUCAAGCUAGACCUUGCAGAAUUUAUCGAUAGGUGGAAGCCAUAUAAAUUUUUGUGGAAGAAUGAAAGAAGUAUGCGGGAAUUACUACAAAUUUCUUUGCCUGAAUUUGAAUCUACGCUUCGAAAGCACAGUGAACUCGAAGAUCUUUUAGCAACCGAACCUGAUAUGGUCAUUUUUGGAAGUUCCAUCGCUGUCUCCACGGAGAAGCUGAAAUAUGGCUUAUACACGGAAAUCAAAGCGUGCACCCACAAAAUUGGUCAAGCAAUGAAAAAGAAGUACCGACGCGAAAUGGAAUAUGUUUAUGCGUUAAUGAACGAAAUGGAGCGUAAAUUGGAUCGUCAGAUACGCGAUCUGGACGACGUACGACUUAUUAUGGAUACUUUAAAGAAAAUUCGGGAACAGGAAGUUGACAUGGAAUUAAAAAUCGACCCAAUCGAGGAAGCCUUCAAUAUCGUCACAAGAUACGAAGUACCAGUGGACCAAGAAUGUCUGGAACAAGUUGAUAACUUGAGAUAUACGUGGCAACAGUUGCUCGCACGAGCGCAAGAAAGUCACGUGUUGCUGUUGAAGCUGCAGCCACAGUUCGAGGAAGAUCUUAGAAACAAUCUCGAGAACUUCCGUAUCGAUAACAAGAUGUAUUGCGAGGAAUACAGAUCUUCUGGACCUAUGCAAGCUGGUCUGAGUCCACGAGAAGCUUCGGAUAGGCAGAUCUUGUUCCAAAAUAGAUUCGAUGGCAUGUGGAGGAAAUUGCAAACUUACCAAAGCGGUGAAGAAUUGUUUGGUUUGCCUACAACGGAUUAUCCUGAACUAUCACAAAUAAGAAAGGAGCUGAAUUUGCUUCAGAAAUUGUAUAAAUUGUACAAUGAUGUUAUCGACAGGGUGAACAGCUACUAUGACAUUCCAUGGGGCGAGGUAAAUAUCGAGGACAUAAACAACGAGCUAAUGGAAUUCCAAAACCGAUGCCGCAAGUUGCCAAAAGGCCUGAAGGAAUGGCCCGCGUUCUUCGCCCUAAAGAAAACCAUCGACGACUUUAACGACAUGUGUCCGCUCCUAGAAUUAAUGGCCAACAAAGCCAUGAAACCUCGCCACUGGCACAGGAUCGUAGAAGUGACGGGCUACUCGUUUGACCUCGAAAGCGAGGGUUUCUGCUUGAAGAACAUCCUGGAGGCGCCUUUAUUGAAAUAUAAAGAGGACAUCGAGGACAUUUGCAUUUCGGCCAUGAAAGAAAAAGACAUCGAGGCGAAAUUAAGGACCGUGGUGAAUGAAUGGUCGUCUCACGAGUUGACGUUCAUGACGUUUAACAACAGAGGAGAAUUAUUAUUAAGAGGAGACACCACUGCUGAGACGAUUGGCCAACUGGAAGACAGUUUAAUGGUGCUUGGCUCGUUGAUGUCGAAUCGAUACAACGCACCAUUCCGCAAGCAGAUACAACAAUGGCUCACGGAUCUGUCGAAUACAAACGAAAUACUAGAAAGAUGGCUGCUGGUACAAAAUAUGUGGGUUUAUCUAGAAGCCGUGUUCGUUGGUGGUGACAUAGCAAAACAAUUACCGAAAGAAGCGAAAAGGUUUAGUAAGAUUGAUAAGAGCUGGCAGAAAAUCAUGCAGAGGGCACAUGAGACUCCGGGAGUGGUACCAUGUUGCGUAGGAGAUGAUUUGCUUAAGCAACUUCUGCCACAUCUGCAGGAACAGCUGGAAUUGUGUCAGAAAUCUCUUAGUGGAUAUUUAGAAAAGAAGCGUAUGAUGUUCCCAAGGUUCUUCUUUGUAUCAGACCCUGCUUUGUUGGAGAUACUUGGUCAAGCUUCUGAUUCUCACACGAUACAGAACCAUCUGCUAUCUAUUUUCGACAAUACGCGUUAUGUGAAGUUUCAUGAUAUCGAAUAUAAUAAAAUGACCGCCGUUAUUUCAUCGGAAGGUGAAACGAUCUUGCUUGAAAAAGCGGUGAGGGCAGAGGGCUCGGUAGAAACGUGGCUAACGCAACUUUUGCAAACAUCGCAACAAUCUUUACACUCGAUAAUCCGGCAGUGUCAUUCUAUGAUAAACGAUGCAAACUUUAAUCUACUUACAUUUUUGGAUAAAAUGCCAGCUCAGGUCGGUUUACUAGGAAUACAAAUGAUCUGGACCAGGGACAGUGAACUAGCUUUAGCUCAAGCUCGUGCAGAUAAAAAGAUUAUGACAGAAACAAACAACAGAUUCCUGGAUUUACUGAAUACAUUGAUCGAUCAGACUACCAGAGAUCUUGCAAAAAUUGAAAGAACAAAAUUUGAAACUUUGAUUACAAUUCAUGUGCAUCAACGUGAUAUCUUCGAUAUAUUAUGUCGCUUGAAUGUACGAUCACUGAACGAUUUCGAGUGGCUGAAGCAAUGCAGAUUUUACUUCAAAGAAGACCUUGACAAAACAUCGAUCUGCAUAACAGACGUGAACUUUACAUAUCAAAACGAAUAUCUAGGAUGCACAGAAAGACUCGUGAUUACUCCACUAACAGAUAGAUGCUAUAUAACUUUGGCACAGGCAUUAUCGAUGUCUAUGGGUGGCUCACCUUGUGGUCCAGCCGGAACAGGCAAGACCGAAACUGUCAAAGAUAUGGGCAAAACUUUGGCCAAGUAUAUAGUAGUAUUUAAUUGUUCGGAUCAAAUGGAUUAUAGGGGAUUAGGACGUAUCUAUAAAGGACUAGCACAAAGCGGAUCUUGGGGUUGCUUCGAUGAAUUUAAUAGAAUCGAGCUACCAGUGUUGUCUGUCGCUGCUCAACAAGUUGCAGUUGUUUUGGCUGCGAAAAGGGAGAAGAAGAAGCAGUUCGUUUUUACCGAUGGAGACUUGAUCGACAUGUGUCCUGAGCUUGGAAUAUUUAUAACGAUGAAUCCUGGAUAUGCUGGUAGAAAAGAACUUCCAGAGAAUCUAAAGAUACAGUUCCGCACCGUCGCUAUGAUGGUACCUGAUAGACAAAUCAUUAUUCGAGUAAAACUAGCUAGCUGUGGUUUCCUGGAAAACAUCACGCUUGCUCGGAAAUUUUACACUUUGUACAAAUUGUGCGAAGAACAACUUACAAAACAGGUCCAUUACGACUUUGGUCUAAGAAACAUAUUGUCCGUAUUAAGAACAUUAGGAGCGUCGAAAAGGGUAAACUCCAAAGAUUCUGAAAGCACGAUCGUUAUGCGUGUUUUAAGAGAUAUGAAUCUUUCGAAACUCAUAGACGAGGACGAACCAUUAUUUAUAUCAUUGGUGGCUGAUCUGUUUCCAAAUCAAGCUCUUGAAAAGACUUCUUAUCCAGAGUUGGAAGCUGCUAUUAGUCAACAAGUAGAAGAAGCUGGAUUGAUAUACCAUCCGCCGUGGGUGCUAAAAUUAAUACAGCUGUACGAAACACAAAGGGUAAGACAUGGAAUAAUGACCCUAGGUCCGACCGGUGCAGGAAAAACCACUUGUAUACAUAUUUUGAUGAAAGCUUUAACGCAGUGCGGCAAUUUUCACAGAGAGAUGAGAAUGAACCCAAAAAGUAUAACAGCUGCUCAAAUGUUUGGCCGAUUGGACGUGGCGACUAAUGAUUGGACGGAUGGAAUAUUUUCAGCUUUAUGGCGCAAAACAUUGAAAUUAAAAGAAGGAGAGUACGUAUGGAUGGUGCUUGACGGACCUGUUGAUAGCAUCUGGAUCGAGAACUUAAACUCUGUACUGGACGACAAUAAAACUCUCACUCUUGCGAAUGGUGACCGAUUAUCGAUGUCAUCUAAUUGCAAGAUAAUCUUUGAGCCUCAUAAUAUCGACAAUGCAAGUCCAGCUACGGUAUCUCGUAAUGGAAUGGUGUACAUGAGUUCAUCAGGAUUGGACUGGAGUCCUGUGGUGACUGCUUGGUUGAAAAGUCGAACACCUUUGGAGCAAGAAGUGUUUGGUCAAUGUUUUACAGAUUCUUUUACGCAGAUUUAUUCAUGGAGCACUCAAGCUUUAUCGUUGACAAUAGACGUUCUACAAUGCAACAUAGUGCGACAAAUGUUAUGUCUCCUCGAGGGUCUAAUUCCACCCGAGGUACGCAUAGAAGAAAACGACGACGAAGAAACAGAAGAUGAAAAACGCCAACCGAUGACAGCCGAACAUCUAAAACGUUUUUACGUUUUUGCUUUGGUGUGGGGUAUAGGAGCAUUGUUAGAAACAUCGGACAGGCAAAAGUAUGACUCCUACCUGCGACAAAAUUUCGAAAGUUUAGAUUUACCAACAUCAGAAAAAUACCCCGAAGCACAAUUGUUCGAUUUCUAUGUCAGUGAAAAGGGUAAAUGGGAUACGUGGACAAGCAUGGUGACCAACUACGUUUAUCCAGAGUAUUCGACGCCUGAUUACAGCAAUGUAUUGGUUCCUAUACCUGAUAACGUGAGAAUACAAUACCUAAUCGAUCUAAUUGGUCGUCAAGAUAAAGCAGUUUUAUUAAUAGGUGAACAAGGUUCUGCCAAAACCGUCAUGAUGAAGUCGUACAUGAAAAAAGCGAACAGAGAGACCACUUUAAGUAGAUCGUUCAAUUUCAGUUCGGCUACGAGUCCAUAUCAGUUUCAGAAAACCAUAGAAAGUUACGUGGAGAAACGUCUAGGUAGCACGUUUGGACCACCAGGAGGGAAGAAAAUGUUGGUUUUCAUCGAUGAUAUAAAUUUGCCACAAAUAAACGAGUGGGGUGAUCAAAUCACCAACGAAAUUGUUCGUCAAACGAUGGAUAUGAAAGGAUUUUAUUCUUUAGAGAAACCUGGAGACUUUACUAGCAUCGUAGACGUAACAUUUUUGGCAGCAAUGUGUCAACCAGGUGGUGGAAGAAAUGACAUUCCUCUAAGAUUGAAGAGACAGUUUUGCAUUUUCAAUUGUACGCUACCUAACGAAGCAUCCAUUGAUCGCAUUUUUAGCGUGCUCGGAGAAGGUCAUUACAACGCUAAAAGAGGAUUUUCAGCGGAAGUUAGGAAUCUCGUCAAUAAAAUGGUUCCCCUGACAAGAACACUUUGGGAAAGAACUAGAGCUAAUUUAUUACCUACACCGGCCAAGUUUCACUAUACCUUUAAUCUUCGAGAUUUAUCAAGAAUUUGGCAAGGUAUGCUUGGUACACUAUCCACAGUUAUCGAUAAGGAAAGUGUGCUUAUGUUGCUGUGGAAACACGAAUGCAGUCGCGUAUUCAGUGAUAGAUUCACUAUACAAGCGGAUAAAGACUGGUUCGAUGAAGAAAUUCUGAAAGUUGUUAAUGAAAUGCUAGGGGAGGAUUAUACGAACAUGCUCGAUCAAGAUCCUGUAUUCGUAGAUUUCAUGAGAGAUGCACCCGAACCAACCGGUGAAGAAGGUGAAGACGCCGACGUUGAGUUACCGAAAGUAUACGAACCCGUUUAUGACGACCAAAUCCUCAGGGACAGACUAGAAAUGUUCCUUUCGCAAUUCAACGAAAUGCAAAGAGGUUCUGGUAUGGAUUUGGUCUUCUUCCCCGAUGCCAUGCUGCAUUUGGUUAAAAUAUCUAGAGUCAUUAGACAUCCAAAAGGGAAUGUAAUGUUAGUCGGUGUCGGAGGAUCUGGCAAGCAAAGUCUCACGAAAUUGUCAUCCUUCAUUGCCGGCUACAAAACGUUUCAAAUCACUUUAACAAGGUCUUACAACGUAGCAAAUUUUUUAGAAGAUCUAAGAUAUCUUUAUCGAACGUGCGGAGCUCAAGGAAAGGGUACGACGUUUAUAUUUACUGAUCUGGAUAUUAAAGAGGAGGGCUUCUUGGAAUACUUGAACAAUAUUCUGAGUUCCGGGGUUAUCAGCAACUUAUUCACUCGUGACGAACAGCAAGAGAUCAUUUCGGAAUUGACGCCUAUCCUGAGACGCGAAAAUCCAAAACGAACGAUCAACAACGAACUCGUAAUGGAUUUCUUUCUUCAGAGGACCUGUCAAAAUUUACACGUAGUAUUUUGUUUCUCCCCGGUUGGCGAAAAGUUUAGAAAUCGUGCUCAACGUUUUCCAGCUCUCAUAUCAGGCUGCACGAUCGAUUGGUUCCAGCCUUGGCCCAGGGACGCUCUAAUCUUAGUUGCUAAACACUUUCUGCACGACUUUAGCAUAGCUUGUACCAGCGAAGUCAAAUCUGAAUUGGUGAAUGCCUUAGGCUCCAUACAGGAUAUUGUUUCUCUGACGUCCGCGGAAUACUUUCAAAGAUUUCGUCGCGCUACUCACGUCACGCCAAAAUCGUAUUUGAACUUCAUCGGUGGUUACAAAAAUAUCUACCAAAGCAAACAACAUGAACUCGGCGAGGGGGCUAGGCGCAUGGAUACUGGCUUAGCGAAGCUGGAAGAAGCUUCGAUAUCAGUUGAGAUCUUGAAAAGAGAUCUGGCUGAGAUGGAAAAAGAGCUAGUUCAAGCAUCUGAAAAAGCAGAAACUGUCCUCUUGGAAGUGACAGAAAGAGCAAUGCAGGCAGAGGCAUUUAAGAAUCAGGUGCAAAAAGUGAAAGAGAAAGCUGAGCAAUUGGUAGCUUGCAUAGCAGAAGAAAAAGCCUUAGCUGAACAAAAGCUAGAGGCGGCUAAGCCUGCGCUGGAGGAAGCAGAAGCUGCUCUGAACACUAUUAAACCGGCUCAUAUAGCUACCGUCAGGAAAUUGGGUAGACCACCUCAUCUCAUUAUGAGAAUCAUGGAUUGUGUGUUAAUUCUAUUUCAACGCAAAAUUGGAUCGGUUGUUCCGGAUACAGCUGCGCCAUGUCCAAAGCCUUCUUGGGCAGAAUCGUUAAAGUUAAUGGCCAGCACCACGUUCUUGCUUCAAUUACAAAACUAUCCGAAAGACAUAAUAAACAACGAGAUGGUUGAAUUACUUCAACCUUACUUUAAGAUGGAGGACUAUAACAUGGAAACUGCUAGACGAGUUUGCGGUGACGUGGCAGGUUUAUUGUCCUGGACAAAGGCAAUGGCUUUUUUUCAUUCGGUGAAUAAGGAAGUCCUACCACUGAAGGCUAAUUUAGCGUUACAGGAAGCAAGACUCAAGGUGGCCAUGGAGGAUCUGGCAAACGCCGAGAGAGAAUUAUCGGAAAGAGAAAUGGCCCUGCAAGCGGUUAAGGAACAAUAUGACUCUGCUGUUUCGGAGAAGCAAAGAUUGACAGAAGCUGCAAACGUGUGUCUUAGGAAAAUGACAGCUGCAACCGCAUUGAUUAACGGGUUAGGCGGUGAGAAAAUACGCUGGACCGAGCAAAGCAGCGAGUUCAAAAUUCAGUUAGGUCGACUAGUUGGAGAUGUUUUACUAGCAACUGGCUUUUUAUCGUACUGUGGGCCAUAUAAUCAACAGUACAGAGCUAGCUUAGUGUCAUCUUGGAUGAACAUUUUGGCAACUAAAUCCAUUCCCUUCACUAAAAAUCUGAACAUUACAAACAUGCUCGUAGACAGUGCGACAAUGUCGGAAUGGACGCUUCAAGGGCUACCAAAUGACGAAUUGUCUGUACAAAAUGCGCUUAUCGUAACUAAAUCCUCUUCGUAUCCUCUGUUAAUAGAUCCUCAGAAUCAAGGAAAAAUGUGGAUAAAGAACAAGGAAUGCAUGAACGAACUACAGAUUACGUCUCUUAAUCACAAAUAUUUUAGGACUCACCUUGAAGACAGUCUCUCUUUAGGCAGACCAUUGCUGAUAGAAGACAUCGCGGAAGAGUUAGAUCCAGUUCUCGAUAACGUGCUUGAAAAGAAUUUUAUUAAAUCCGGUUCCAUCGAGAAAGUAAUCGUCGGUGACAAAGAAUGCGAUGUAAUGCCCGGUUUUAUGUUGUACAUCACCACGAAAUUACCAAAUCCUGCUUACAGUCCUGAAAUUUCAGCAAAGACAUCGAUAAUCGAUUUUACUGUCACGAUGUUAGGCCUGGAGGAUCAGCUACUUGGUAGAGUUAUCCUUAUGGAAAAGGCAGACUUAGAAGCCGAAAGGGUGGCUCUGUUCGAAUCAGUGAUGACGAACCAACGAUCAAUGAAAGAACUCGAAAGCACUCUGUUACAUCGACUCACCUCUUCCGAAGGCUCUUUAGUAGACGAUGAAGCGCUUAUAAAUGUGCUCAGAGAAACCAAAGUAACUGCAGAAUCGGUUAAUGAAAAACUAAAGGUGUCUGCGUUAACGGAAAAGAAGAUCAUGUUAGCCCGAGAAGAAUUCCGUGCUGUCGCGUCGAGAGGAUCUAUUUUGUAUUUCCUUAUUGUAGAGAUGAGCAACGUAAACGUAAUGUACCAAAAUUCGUUGCGACAAUUUCUGACUAUAUUCGAUAAUUCCAUUACCAAAUCUGUGAAAAGUCCUAUCACUGGUGAAAGAAUAAACAUAAUUCUUCGUCACCUUACCUACGAAGUGUGGGCCUUUACUCUGAGAAGUCUAUACGAACGACACAAAUCGUUGUUCACCUUGAUGCUAGCUAUGAAGAUAGACUGUCAUCGAGGUGUAAUUUCUCAUACAGAGUUCAACGCUUUUAUUAAAGGCGGUGCAUCCUUGGACUUAAACGCAGUUACACCUAAACCAUUCAGGUGGAUUCUUGACAUAACUUGGCUGAAUCUAGUCGAGAUCAGCAAACUAGACACGUUCUCGGAUAUUCUAACGAAAAUCGAAUUCAGCGAAAGAGAAUGGCGAGUAUGGUACGAAAGAGAGAAACCCGAGGAAGAGGAACUUCCUUGCGGAUAUCAGAAGAAACUCGACGUGUUUAGAAAAUUACUUUUGAUCAGAUCGUGGAGUCCGGAUAGAACUUUAUCCCAGGCGAAAAAAUACGUGGUUGAAUCAUUAGGGAAAGAGUAUGGAGAAACGAAGAUCUUGGAUCUAGAAGCUACGUGGUUAGAGUCUGAAGUUAGAUCACCGCUUAUAUGUAUAUUGUCGAUAGGAUCAGACCCUAGCCCACAGAUUACUGCACUGGCAAAGCAAAAAGUCAUCCAAUUGCGAUCGGUGUCCAUGGGCCAAGGCCAAGAAUUUCAUGCUCGAAAAUUGAUCUCGGACGCUAUGAACACUGGUACUUGGGUAUUGCUACAAAAUAUUCACUUAUCACUUCCUUUUUGCACGGAAGUUAUGGACGCUCUAGUUGAAACAGACAUUGUGCACGAAGCAUUUAGACUUUGGAUGACUACAGAAGUUCAUCCGCAAUUUCCUAUUGGUUUACUACAGAUGGCCAUCAAAUUUACGAACGAACCACCGCAAGGUAUUAGAGCCAGCCUGAAAAGAACUUAUCAAGGCGUAACGCAGGACACAUUGGAUUACAGUACGCAAUCACAGUGGCCACCUUUACUGUAUGCUGUUGCGUUUCUACAUACGGUAGUUCAAGAACGUAGGAAAUUCGGACCUCUUGGUUGGAACGUACCAUACGAAUUUAAUCAGGCUGAUUUUGCUGCUUCCGUUCAGUUUAUACAGAAUCAUUUGGAUGAGAUGGAUCCAAAACGGGGAGUAUCGUGGCCAACUAUUUGCUAUAUGCUUGGAGAGGUUCAAUACGGUGGUAGAGUCACUGAUGACUUCGACAAGCGUUUGUUAACUACAUUUACGCACGUUUGGUUUUGCGAUGUACUAUUGCGACCUGGCUUCGAAUUUUAUCGUGGAUACAAAGUACCACAAACCAAGAAUCUUCAGGGAUACUUGGAUUACAUCGAUAGCUUGCCUGCAACCGAUACGCCGGAAGUGUUUGGUUUACAUCCAAAUGCAGACAUUACUUAUCAAAUAAAUACAGCGAAAGGAAUACUUGACACGAUUUUGAGUGUCCAACCGAAAGAAGGGAAUGCACAAGGCGGUGAAACUAGAGAAAACGUCGUCUAUAAACUUGCUAACGAUAUGCUAGCCAAAUUACCAAAGCAAUAUAAUUCUUUUGAAGUGAAAGAAGCACUUCAACGAAUGGGUGCACUGUUACCGAUGAAUAUAUUUUUGAGACAAGAAAUCGACAGGAUCACCAGAGUCAUUAAAGAAGUGUAUAACACUUUAACAGAUUUGAAAUUAGCUAUCGAAGGUACCAUUGUGAUGAGCCAAGGUUUACGAAAGUCACUUGAUGCGAUGUACGACGCUCGCAUUCCCGAGAAAUGGCUAAAAAUUUCCUGGGAAUCGGCAACGCUUGGAUUUUGGUACACAGAGCUUUUAGAACGAGAUCAUCAAUUCAGGCAAUGGUGCAUUUACGGCAGACCUAAGGUCUUCUGGAUGACUGGAUUCUUUAAUCCUCAGGGAUUUCUAACUGCAAUGAGACAAGAAGUAACUCGAGCACAUAAAGGUUGGGCUCUUGACUCUGUUGUAUUACAAAAUUUAAUUACAAGAUUUAACAAGGAAGAUAUAAAAAAUCCACCUCAGGAGGGAGUAUACGUUCAUGGCCUAUUUUUAGAGGGUGCUUCGCUUGAUCGUAAAACCAGCAAAUUAGUAGAAAGUAAACCAAAAGUUCUAUAUGAACAAAUGCCUGUGAUUUACAUUUACGCAAUAAACACAACUGCAGGGAAGGAUCCAAAACUUUAUGAAUGCCCUAUAUAUAGAAAACCACAAAGAACAGAUUCGAAGUACAUCGGAUCGAUCGAUUUUGAAACUGAUCAUAACCCUCGACAUUGGACACUACGAGGUGUAGCGCUUUUGUGUGAUAUAAAAUAAAAUAAAAUACUCCAAACACGCUAUUAUUUUUCCUUUCUGCUAUAAUGUACUCGCUAAAUACCAAUCACAUUAUGUAAUACUAGAACGUCAGAUAUAAUGCAUGUCAAACAGUACCAGUUUGUACCAUGUAAGGCUUAUCAAAUGUCUAUGUACACCCUUUCAAAGCAUUAAAAUUUUCAAUAUAUUCAAAUA